CCUUUUGGACUGCGGGCGGCCCGUAGCCGCUGCUACGUCACGUCCGGCCCUCGCGAUUCGGCAUUAGAACCCCCGCGAUGAAGAGCGUGUUUGUUACUGUUGGGACAACCAGUUUCGACGAGCUCAUAGAACGUGUGUCGGCACAGGAGAGUCUCCGCAUCUUCGAGAGCCUCGGUUACAGCCGACUUACUCUCCAAAUUGGUAGAGGAACGUUGGUACCUGAACCAUUCAGCACUGAGUCCUUUACUCUGGAUGUUUACAGGUACAAGGAUUCCUUGCAAGAAGACCUUCAGAGAGCAGAUCUUGUUAUUAGUCACGCAGGUGCAGGAAGCUGUUUGGAAACUCUGGAAAAAGGCAAAUCACUUGUGGUAGUUAUAAAUGAAAAGUUGAUGCACAAUCAUCAGCUGGAAUUAGCCGAGCAACUACACAAAGAGGGGCAUCUCUUCUACUGUACCUGCAGGAUCCUGACUUGUUUUGGACAAGCUCCACCCCUUGCUUCUCCUGCUCUUGGGAAGUGCCAAGAUUCUGCAGUGCUGACUCCAGCUGCCUUCUGCUUAAACUUUGAGCUGCUUUCCGGAGACCUGCAAACGCAAGCCCUUCUUCCUGCCCUCACUCUUCCCUGCACCCUGCUUCUUCCUUCUUUCCACACUUCUGUUCCUUUUCUCCCCUGUCCACCAUGCACAAUGCAUAAAGGAUGGAAAAAGUAUGGUGGUUCCCAGAAGUCUUUGAAUGAGGCAUCAAUGGAUGAAUAUUUAGGCAGUUUAGGGCUGUUUCGAAAGCUGACUGCCAAGGAUGCCUCUUGCCUCUUUCGGGCUAUUUCAGAACAGUUAUUUUGCAGCCAGGUCCAUCAUUUCCAAGUUAGGAAGGCUUGUGUCACAUUUAUGAAGGAAAAUCAACAAAAUUUUGAGUCUUAUGUGGAAGGAUCUUUUGAGAAAUACCUGGAGCGGUUGGGAGAUCCCAAGGAAAGUGCUGGCCAGCUGGAAAUACGAGCUCUUUCUCUAAUUUAUAAUCGGGAUUUCAUUCUUUAUCGCUAUCCUGGAAAGCCACCAGUUUAUGUCACAGAUAAUGGCUAUAAAGACAAGAUUGUACUCUGUUAUUCAAGCAGUGGUCAUUAUGAUUCUGUGUACUCAAAACAAUUUCAAUCAAAUGCAGCUAUUUGUCAAGCUGUAUUGUAUGAGAUUCUCUAUAAAGAUGUGUUUGUCGUGGAUGAAGAGGCAUUGAAAACUGCAGUUCAGUUGUUUCGAAGUGGUUCUAGGAAGAAUAGAAACAACGCUCUGACUGGAAGUGAGGAUGCCCAAAUUGAUUACGAGAGUUCAAUGCAGAACAGGACUGAAGAGUGGGGUGCUGGCUGCAGUAUUCAGAAUAUACAAGAGGACUAUAAUCAAGGAAUGGAAGAAUUGAAGUCUCCAGAAAAUCCAUCAAAGAUCCUCUUCCCCUAUAAAGUGCUCAAAGCUCUGGAUCCAGAAAUCUAUCGUAAUGUAGAAUUUGAUGUUUGGUUGGACAGCAGAAAAGAACUUCAAAAAUCUGAUUACAUGGAAUAUGCUGGAAGACAGUAUUAUUUAGGAGACAAAUGUCAGGUUUGCUUGGAAUCAGAUGGAAAAUAUUAUAAUGCUCAUAUUCAAGAAGUUGGAAAUGAGAACAAUUCAGUGACAGUUUUCAUUGAAGAACUGGCAGAAAAGCAUGUUGUUCCAUUGGCUAAUUUAAAAGCAGUUACCCAAGUGACACCUGUUUCUACCUGGAGUGCUAUGUCCAGUCGGAAAGGAAGAGGUUACCAGAAAAUGUCUACAGGCUAUUUCCCAGAAAUGGCUAUGCCAGAGAUGGACAUGAAGCAGCGGAAGAAGAUGUUUAAGAAAUUUCGAGGAAAAGAGGUUUAUAUGCCAAUGGCUUACAACAGGGAAGAUUCCCUCCCUUCGCCCAGACUUCAACACAGUAUGCAUUAUGGUCAUGACCUUCCACUGCCCUACUCAGAAACAGCUGCCAAUGUUAUGUGCAAUGAAGAGUUUCAUCCUCAAUACUCUUCUCACAGACAAGGCCGAGGGUAUGGGAUACCCAGGGAUUCAUCCUGUUUUAUAAAUAGGCACAAUAUGUCAAGCCCUAAAUUUGGUUUUUACCCUGAGCCAGGUAAAAGGUACUGCCAGAGCUUUGAUAACUUCUCCUAUAGAUCUCGUUCCUUUAGACGUAGUCACCGCCAGAUGCAUUGUAUGAAUAAGGAGUGCCAUUAUGGCUUGGCCCCAGAGAAUGAACAGAUGCCCAGUGGCUUGGAAGAAACUGUUACUUUUUAUGAAGUUGAAGAAGGAGAUGAGACUGCUUAUCCGACUUUACCUAACUAUGGUAGUCCCUCUAUGAUGGUUCCUGCUACUUCAGGAUACUGUGUUGGAAGGCGAGGACAUAACUCAGGAAAACAGACUUCAAAUUCAGAAGAGGGCAAUGGCCAGAGUGACAAUGGGAGAUAUGAAGAAUAUCUUUAUCCUUCAGAGCCAGAUUACGAAACUUCAGGUGUAUAUAGCACAACUGCAUCUACAGCAAACUUGUCUCUCCAGGACAGAAGACCAUGUUCUUCUAUGUCUCCACAGGACACAGUUUUCUCAUACAACUACCACCAGAAGAUGAUGGGAAAUUCUGCAGUAAUUGCAGCUUCCUGUGCCAGUAAUGUUCCCGCUCCAGUUUUACCUAGCCUUGUAACAGCUAAUCAAACUAGUAGUAUUUCGUCCGUUUCCUCACAGAAUGCUAUACAGCCUCUAUUUGUACCUCCACCUGCACAAGGCAGGCCAGAUACAAAAGUUUUGCAGUACUAUUUCAAUCUGGGAUUGCAGUGUUAUCACCACAACUAUUGGCAGUCUAUGGUCUAUAUGCCGCAGACGCAGCAGCCUAAUGUAGAGAAUUACCCAAUCUAUACUGAGCCACCUCUGAUAGACCAAACUGUUCCUCACAUAUACAGUGAGGUAGGGAGAGCAGAGGGUGCACAGACAGAAGCCUCAGUGAAUGGUACUUUUCCGAAUGCCGACUCUGCAUCUAUCCCUCAUGGAGCAGUCUAUUACCCAGUAAUGUCAGAUCCCUAUGGGCAGACACCAUUGCCAGGUUUUGAUUCCUGCCUUCCUGUUGUGCCAGAUUAUCCCUGUGUUGCGCCCUGUCAUCCAGUUGGCACAGCAUAUAGUGGUUCUUCUCAAAAUCAUGGUGCUGUAAAUCCUGGGGCAGUUGGCUAUAUUGCUUCACCUCCAUCUCAUUAUGUACCUCAGAAUAUGUAAGAUUCAGCAAUGUGAAGUAUUGUUGCACUGCUAUUUUGUUGCUGUUUUGGUUUUAAAGUUUUUUAUGUUGGUGUUUGUGAUUUAGGUGGCAAGAGUCAUUACUAUUGUAUCUGUCUUUAAGAUUGUUUUAUCUUUUGAUUUAAUAUAUUCCUUUAAAGGGAUACUGCUAUGGCCUGUGAAUAAGGAAAUUAAGAUGGAUGUACAACUAGCCCAUUACUCAGCAUAUUUGAUUGUAUUCGGUUAUGUUCCUGUCAACCAGCUUGUCAACUUUGUAUUAGCUAAUGGUGCCAAUUGAAAUAAACAUUACAAACUAUUUCCCUGGAUCAGAAAAAUCAUACAACAUACUAAACUGUUCAAAAUUUUAAUUUCCAUUUUCUAGAAAGUAAAACAACAAAAUCAAGACCCUUUGCUCCUGGGUAACAAUAUUAAAUAAGAGAGUUCUUCGGGCUUCUUAAGAGUUGUGUGACCUGAGUUGUGUUCUGUGGUAUUAAUCAGUUUUGAAGUCAUAUGGUGCUCUGCUUUAGAUUUAUCCCAUAUGCUAUUGUUUAAUACUGGAUUUAUGUAACUGCACAGUAUUGAAUUGGUGUCCUUUGCACAGUUAGCAGUAAAUAAAA